AUGUUGCAGAAUCAAUUCAAUGAAAAUUACGUUCGCAGCUUCAUUGAAAAACCUGUGCUGAGAAGGCUUGACGGGCGGUUGUCAUUGACGUUCAUGUCUGAGCUGCGUCGGGUGGAAACAAUUUUUGUGUCGCUGUCGGUGACGCAAGAGCAACUUCCAGGAAUUGACGACGGGGUUGACGCAUUGAUUGACAUUUCGCUGGAAAUUGUCGCGAGAAUCGUGGACGAGCUGGAAGGCAGUGUCAACAAAAUGUUCUCGACAACAACUGGCUUGUGUUUCAUGUGCUUGUUUGGCUUGCAUGGAUGCAGACGCAAGGAUGAAGUUUCACAUGCUCUGGAAGCUGCAGCAAGAAUUUGGCGAGAAUUGUCAAUGUUGCUGGUUGAUCACGAAAGGAUUUCAGUCGGAAUCACGUCAGGAGUGUGCUAUUGUGGAGUUGUGGGUCACAGACAAAGGCAAGAGUACACAGUAAUUGGGGCCAAGGUGAAUAUGGCUGCCAGGUUAAUGGCAAAUUACCCGGGGGUUGUUUCCUGCGAUGAGGAGUCCAUGACACUUGCAAUGCACGGCCAUGACAGUUUCAAACUCCUACCAGCAAAGCGACUUAGGGGAGUAGCUCAUCCAGGACGAAUUUUUCAAUUUAAUCCAACUUUCACACUCGGUCCGCAGACUGGAAAUUUGCCCAAGUUUUUGUUCCCGAUCGUGAAUCGAACUGCGAUUUUGGAAGCGACUCAGCGAUCCAUUGCUGAAUUGAUUGAUUACGCUGGAAAAUUGAGUUGUCAAAUUAAGUAUCCUCGCUCAAAAAUGUUGGAAGAACCUUACGAGCCCCUGUUGCAUGUUAUUGAAGGUCAACACGGAACAGGGAAAACGAGGAUCAUCGAAUCGAUAGUGCGACGCGCGUUUGAAAUGGGAUGCAUUUCCGUCGGAUUCUCGGCCCGACGUCCAACUUCCUCUUUUUCUGGGGCUCGAUACUUGAUCGAAGCCAUUACAGGACUCAGUUCAACAAUACACCAACAGGCCAGAAACGAUGUGAUUGUCUCGUUGCUGGGAAUUGUUCCCGAUUCGCCAGAACCCGCAGCAGCCCAGAGAACGAGAAUAAAUGACGAAAGACAACAGCUGCAAGAAAACGAAGUGUCGACAGCGAUACAAUCCACGUCGACAGUGUCGGCAGCAGCUGUCAAUGGAUAUGCCGACAGUCUUUGGGUGCUGAAUGAAGUGCUCGGGUUGCGGUUCCCGGUGAAAAUGGCAACCUGGGCCCAUGACGUGGCCAGGCGACAAGAUCGGGCUCUUCAACUGUUGAUUGAAAUAUUCGCGAAGCUGUAUGCUUUGGUCAGGUCAGCUGACCGAAGCCCACAACCUUUUUUCCUGCCUGUGAUUGACAAAAUGAAUGCAGUUGCGAAACGGGCUCCGAAAGGGGUCGUAAUCGGGAUCGACGACGCGUUGCUGCUUGACGACAUGUCGCUCCGCUUCAUUUCCGCUGUUUACGAACGGGAACUUCCGGUUCCAAUAUUGGCAGUGUUCUCGGUGAGUCCUCUCGGAUUCGGGUCGUCAUCUGGUUCGCAGCCGGACGAGAUCCCAGCGGGCCUGCAGCGACUCUUUUCGGUGAUGGGAAGUAGAACCCUGGAUGACCGGGUUACCCUGCACACCCUGGGACCCCUGGGCAAACGGGAUCUCGUGACCGUGGCCUGUCAGCUGCUCAGGGCCCGAGCAAUCUCCACAGGCCUUCUCGACCUCCUGAGGAAAGUUUCUGGUGGGAAUGGAGCGAUUUGUGAGCUUGUUCUGAAGCAACUUUUGGCCCACAAAAGCCUCAAUUUCGUCAGCAUUCACGAAAGCAACGUCGAAGACUUGGAUUUCGGAGAUGCUUCCAAGUUGCAGCCAGUUUUUCAGGGCAUUCAUGAAGGUUUCACCAUCAGUCCCGUGGAGAACAUUACUUUGGCUCCCAUGCCUUCGCCGAUGAAUUCUUUAGAUCGUCAAUUUUUCGCAUCGCCAACUUCGACCUUCAAUGUGAUUCAGCAAGCUCUAAGCUUGGACCGCGUGGUUGUAGCACGGGAAACAUUGGCUUUGGAAGUAUUUGAGCCCCCGGAUUCUAUUCAAAGCUUGACUGAAUUGUCCUUGGACUUCGUGAGCCCGGUUCAACUUCAUUACCUCAAGUGCGCAGCGGUUAUUGGCUCCUCCUUCAACCUCGGACUCUUGUUCCGGAUCCUGCCGGGCAUGAGUCGUGCCAGCUUUGUUCGCACGACCCGGGAACUUGUGAUUCAUGGAUACUUGGAAUGUUUGCGGGAAGUUCAUCCGUCGGAUCCCAUUGUGACCUCUGCUGACUUGGAUGCUGUUGUUGAAAUAACAGAGCACCUUUCGGCGACCCGGGAACUUGUGAUUCAUGGAUACUUGGAAUGUUUGCGGGAAGUUCAUCCGUCGGAUCCCAUUGUGACCUCUGCUGACUUGGAUGCUGUUGUUGAAAUAACGGAGCACCUUUCGGGUAAACAUUUCAUGGAAGAUUCGAGUCCCGAAGCUAACCGUCAGCUGCUUCAAGAUCUUUGUCCAAAGCGUCGGAUUCGCCAGAUCCACGCGCAUCUGGAAGUUACAAAAGCCUCGAAUAUUCGGAAAAACUGUUGUGUCGAGGCAAAUCCGGAAACAUUAGAGACGACAUUGCCUUGCAAAGCUUUGCGAUUUUCUAGUCCGCUGACUAGACGCGUGAUUUUGAAUGCCAUGAUGUCUCUGCAAAAACGGGAAAUCCACUCAAUUGUCGCUGAUGUUUUGUCGCAAUUUCCGCCAUAUUGUUUGGCGUGCAACGGAACUUCCUUUACCACGGGAGCAUCUCUCGUCAGUACAGAAGCAGUUGAUGUGCGAGUGACGGAAAAUUCUACAGCCAUUUCGUCGAGGUUAGGACUGUCUCCUAUUCUUACCAGGGACUUGGAUCCACCCACUGUUUCUUGGCUGACUGAUGAAACCGACAAAUCUUUCGACUAUUACCCAGGAUCGUUGGGACCACGGAGAAAAUCUUCGCAGGAAAGCAGCAAUAACGUUCGAGCUCGAGCUUCUUUUGUUGAAGCCCUACGAACUACGUUCGCAGCUUCCGGCGUUGUGCGAAACGAGGACGACACUCGACGAACUGACCCUUCGCGUCUUCAUCGACACGAAGAUCCAGGAUUUUUCACUCGCAAAGCCACGGAUUUGGAUUAUGAUGAUCUGACGGAUUUUGAGCCGAUUUUCGACAUUGGCGCGAAUCCUGAUGCGAAUGAAGAUGUUCUCUCUGCUCGCGGACGAGAACUCGCAUUCACUUCCCAUUGGGACGACAUUCAGAGAAGGAGAUUAUCUCCGGAGAUAACCGGAUUUCCGCUCGGUGAACCCAACGAUGACCCAUUGCAAUCGUUUCACGCAUCAGCGGAGGCGGAUUACAACAAAUUGGAGCAGAAUUUCAAGAGGAGUACCAGCAUUCGUGAAACAGCUCAGGAACGCAAUAAGAGAAUAAAUUCAGAAAAUAGAUCCACUAGGACUCCGAAAGUGGAUAAAGGGGAUGAAGUGCAAGGAGACCCGACAUCAGUGGGGCUCUGGGACAGCCUGACGGGAUUUGUAGGGAAAUUCGUCGGAUUUUCGUCGGGUCAAGAGGAUCCCGAGACUGAAGAUUCUUCCAUCUUUUUCAACGUACUUGAAUAUGGAGCAAAAAUGAAAGCUCAUUUGGCAUUGUUGAACACUGCUGUGAACUUGGCAGCAAAUGGACUCUUGAACGAUGCUGAAACCUUGUCAGCAGAUUUGAAAGCAGACACGCCAUUCUUGGAGUCCAUGGAGAAUGACCCGGAAUUUGGGAUUUACUGCACUUUGGUCAAGGCUCGGACAAUGCGCUUGAGAGCUUUCAUCAGCAAAGCAUACGGAGAAACUGAUUCAGCCAUCAAAUGGCUCAAAUCCGCACUUGAAGAACUCAACUACUCAUUCCCGAAAGACGACAUUCGCAAACAUUGGCACGCUUUGACGAAUUUGCAAACUUCCAUCAUGAGACACAGCGAAAACUACCAAGGGGUCGUCUUAGCAUCAGAUACCAACAGAGCCUGGUUAUUGCUGGAAGCGAGCUAUUGCUUAAUUGCCCUGGUGGCGUGUCUUCGGAAGAUCGAUGAUGAUGCCAUUUACGCCAUUGGGGUUGCUGCCCUGAUGAGCAUCCAUGCCAUGGAGGCUGCUCCUUGUCACUUUGCCCAUUUGGUCGUGGGCUACGCUCUUUGCCUAGAGACUUGCUGCUGGCUACCUGCGAAGCCAUCUUUUCUCAAGCAUCUCGUGCAACAUUCCUUGGCACUGAUAAGUAGAAAAACCAACUUCAGCGUCGAGGAACUGGUGCACGUGGAUCAUUACAUCACAGCGAUUCUGCAGCUGGUGAGCACUAAAGGAACACUUCAGGAGGCCAACGAUUUGUCCAUGACUUACUACCCUGUAAAUGCUGGGCUUCCUUUGGACAACAGCUACGUUUCACUGUUUCGAUUGCUGGCUGUGGUUCCAUUUACCAGAAGUUUGGAUAUUCAAGGUCUGAAGCUGGGGAUGGGAUUGCUGAAAGCUAAUGUUCAGGCUAUACCUUCUUUUGAUCCGUUGAGAAUCGACUACAUUCUCAUGUGCAUGUUGACUCUGCUUGAUAUCGUGCUGUUGCUGGAAUGUCAAUUGACUGAUUUGGUGAAUCUGUACGAGGCGAAGGAAUGGAGCAAAUUUCAGGAGCAUUUGGCAAACGCUCAAGAUCAUUUGAAGGAAAUUCAGCGGAGGCUCGAGAAAUCUGGUAUCGGAGCAGCACGAUUGUUCAUGUUGGAGGCGUAUCUGGAGAAGAUCCGAGGUCGGCACCGAGAAUCAAGCGCAGCCUUGAAGCGCUCGCUGCAAGUCGCUGCUGAAAAGGGCGCAAGACGACCUUUCUUCCGUGCCAAAUUCAACGACAUGGCCUGGCACGGGGAGCUGAGUGAUCGCGCAAUGAACGCUUGGUCCGAGAGAGCUGCUCAAUACGAGACGGAUGAAACCUUUUCUUCGGCGUUGGAAGACGAAAGCAGUCACCGUUAUGCCUUGCAUCCACUUCCGAUUCCGAAAGCAUUGAUUAUUCCUCGAAAUGUUCCGAAUUCGUCCAAGAUGAGUAAUAAGUGA